AUGCUCAGAGACUCAGAAGACUCCGGCAUGGAAUCCGUUCUUGCUGUUGAGGUUUGGCUCUCCCAGACCAGUGCGGACCUGGAGAAGAGAGUCAGAUAUCUUAUUGAAAUGAAUAGAGUCAAGGUCGCUAUGCUGUUUGACAUUAAGGAAACUCCUAAUUAUAAAAACCCCCUCCGAACGGAAGAAAAUAAAAAGAUCUAUCACUCUGAGAGAAUUGCUAACCCGGGAAAUUCUACUGUACUAAUUCGGCAGUACUGUAAAGGAAGGACUCCCUAUAGCCCCGUGUUCUUAUACGGCGUUCGAUGGAUGGGCGAGCUUACUGCCGCGGUGCAGGUAUUUGGUAAGGACACUGCCACGGGGGAGGCAGUAGCACGUACUCCCAGAGUAACUUUCUUUGGCCACCCAAAGGCUUCAAGUAGGGAGCUAUUCGACUACGAACCGUAUUUUUCUUUGAAUACAAGUCUAUCGGACUGCGUGCAAUCGGACGACGAGCGGUAUCAUAAGGAGCUAGUUUUGAACUGGGAUAUCCUGAGAUUCGAACUGGAGCGAGCUAGGCGUGGCCUUGCUUCUCUACGAUAUACAACAGCAGCCCGGGGGCUAGCUAUUAGUGAAAAACUCUGA